UUCAAUUGAGGUUUCUCGCUUUCUCUUCACUGUGAACUUGUUACUCCUCUCGACCGUCGCGGGCUGACGGACAAGGUGACCAUGGCCCAGGAGGAGGAGGAGGGGGAUACCUACCGGCAGCUGAAGCUUUUCCCUCAGUUGUGGCCCCGUUACAGGUUCCGCUCUCAAAGUGACACCUCCGGAUUUCGGGCCAGAGUGUUGUUCAAACUCCGGGGAGCCCGCUCAGUUGAGGGUCUGGAGAAAUCAACAUCUCUGCCCAGCUGUGAUGUGGCGGUGGACAGUGCUACCAACGCUCAGAAUGCCCAUGCAUCACGGCAGCAGCGAGGCAAGCUGUCAACUUUGGGAAAACUGUUCAAACCCUGGAAGUGGAGGAAGAAGAAGACCAGCGACAAGUUUCAGGAUCUUUCGAAAGUUCUAGAGAGAAAAAUCUCCACUAGACAAACAAGGGAAGAGCUCAUCAGGAAAGGAGUUCUCAUCCCCGAUCAAGACGAACCAGUCAUCAGUGAAAAUCUGAACGGCCAUGCCACAUCCACUUUGACACCAGAGGAGGUCAAAGUCGACAUUGAGUCUCAAGAAACACUGCUGGAGAAGCAGGCCACUGGGCCGGUCAGCACUGAGGAGAAACCAGCCAAGUCGUCUCAUCCAAAGAAGACAGGAUGCACAACGAAAAGCACCUCCACACCUCGUGCUCGUGCAUCAAAGGACACUGGCACUGCAGCACAGAAUGAAAGGACAGACGGAAGGACCAACCGGAAAUCAGACACUCCGAUCUCAUCCUCUGUACCUCAGAAAGCCUCUGCAGAGACUCUUAGCCCACCUGCAGACUUAAAACCCCCUUCCCUUUCCUCAGACACCAAACCUGUCUCAUCUAAAGCCUCAAGCAGUGACACAGGGGGAGCUCAGGGUGAUUGUCACUCUGGUCUAGAUCCUAAAUCUGCUCCUGAUUCAUCGACUGCAGGUGAGGACACCCAUAAAGGUGUGGCUCCUGAAACCACAGGCCAGUCUUCUCAUGUCAACAAUUCUACAGAACACACAUCGUUCGCAGAGGGAGAGGCACGCAGCAGCUCAAAGAGCGAGAAACAGGGGAGGACGGAAGAGAAGCCAGGAGGAGGUGGAAUGAAGAAAGGAGAAACAGAGAAUGUUGUAGAAAAUAGCCCGAGGUCAGGGGGGGGUGAAGCGGAAAAGCCGCAGCGACCCAGUGUAAAAACAGAGCAUGCCGAGGUGACAGUGAUACCCGAUAGGCCGAGAGAUAGCCAAACUAGUGACUCCGACUCUGACGGGCCAAUCCUGUACCGGGAUGAGGAUGAAGAAGAGGAGGAUGAAGAGGAGGAUUCAAAUAACUCUCUGGCCAGCAAGAUCCGCCGACGAGACACCUUGAACAUUAAGCUGGGGAACCGACCCAGCAAGAAAGAGCUGGAAGAGAAAAACAUUCUGCCACGGAGCUCAGAGACGGAGAGGCAUGAGCUACGCCAGCAGAUAGGCUGCAAACUAGUCAGGCGCCUGAGCCAAAGACCAACUACAGAGGAGCUGGAGCAGAGAAAUAUUCUCAAGCAAAAGAAUGAAGCUGAGGAGCAAGAAGCUAAACAAGAGAUUAAAAGGAGGCUCACCAGAAAGCUGAGUGUGAGGCCUACAGUGGCAGAGCUCGUUGCUCGGAGGAUUCUUCGUUUUAAUGAGUAUGUGGAGGUAACAGAUGCCAAGGAUUAUGACCGGCGGGCUGACAAACCCUGGACACGGCUUACUCCUGCAGACAAGGCUGCUAUCCGUAAGGAGCUGAAUGAGUUUAAAAGCCGAGAGAUGGAGGUUCAUGAAGACAGCAAACAGUUCACCAGAUUCCACCGACCAUAGUGUCCUCACUGCCCUCUGGACAUCAGCGCCACACACUCUCCGGUCAGCGGCUCCCAGCAGACUCCGCUCAGUCCGUUUUGCUCUGGAAUUCAGUCAACCUUUUUCACAGCAGAUGUUUUGACUUGUCGCGGCAGGAAAAGCACAGGUGUAAUUUAAAACAUUUAAACAUGGCUGUGUUUCGUUCAGGUUAGCCAGUUCCAAGACCAUGGUGUUGAGCACACGUUCAUACUUUAGCAGAGCGAUUGAUAGGAUGGAGGCAUUUUUACUGAAAGAUGUUCCACCUGCAUUUUUCCUACUGAACCCCAUCAGAAUAUCUAAUGUGAAGAAGCUCUGUUGCCCCUGAUGAAACUUUAAGUCUGUAAUGACAUUUAUAUGUGUGUCUCAUAGCCUUGGCUAUCCAAAGACACCUAUAAAACAUUUGCACAUAUCUAUUGUAAGGAUAGUGGUGUGUAUUGUGCUCAGAGUAGAUUUAUUUAUUAUACAGUAUCAGAACCAGCUGGUACACAAAAUAUUUUAUGUAUUUUUUUUUUUUAUAUGUUUUUGGUCACCCCUGUAUUAGUGAAUGUGAGCGUAUUAUAGUUUGUGUCCUUGCCAAGAUAUGCCUUGUCAUAAACUGACAAAUGGCCAUAUAUGGGCAUCUUCCAAGAACAGGAAAUCGGGGUGAUUGGAUGGUUUCAUGCUGAUGUCAGUGCCUAUGUCAUAGAUCACAGGAGAGGAGAGGCAGUUUCUUCUGCUCCGAUGUUCCCUUCAGUGAUGAAUCAGAAAUACUGCAGUUCAUUUUUUAAACAUGUGUUAAGUUGUGCCACUAGAGGGCACUGUAUCAUAAGAGUUACAGAAGAGGACGGUGUACCUGUAGAUGAAGAAUAACCUCAAGCGUUAACUGCUAAAGCUUAAUAGUGAAACGCACUCCCAUUCUGGCCACUUCUAAUCCCUCAGCACUCUUUCCUGAUGAUACAUGAUGAUCAUGCACCAUCAUGUAAUCUCUGUUGGGUUAUGAACGUCUAACCGCAAAGUGCUGGACUGACUGUUUAUGGGAUCCACUUAUUGUUUUCUCACUAGUUUCAUUUCAGGCCUUUGGCUGGGGAUGUUUCCUUGGCUCUUUAUUUGGUGCCAAAGACAAAGCAGGAGCCUGCUCGUAUGUAGGUGUUCUAAAUUUAAGAGCUUACAGGUUUCAUUUUAUUGGGCGGACUUCACAGAGAAAAGGCACAGAGUUUCAGCACUAGUAAUGAACUGGAAGUGGAAGAGUGCUUUAAUUUUAAUUGCCUUGAACAUGAUUUUGCAAUUUAGUCAAGUUCAUUUAUAGAGCACAUUCAAAAACAAGAAAUGUUGACCAGAGUGCUUUAAUUUGUUGUGAUUACAUCUUUACAUCUAGCCUUAACAUGCACCUAGAAUCCAGCAAGGUGGCCUGGUGUCAUUAAAGCAUUUUUUUUUUUUUUUACCAUGAAUGAGAUUAUUUAAAGGAUUUGUUCCAUUUUUUUUGAAAGUUAAUCUCCAACUCUGUUUGUUAUUUUAAUAAGAAAUAAUCAUUUUAGGUUAUGUAUUUUAGUCAUUUGUGGGGAAAUGUUUCAUAUGGCUGAACAGAUGCCAUAUUUAACAGACUCAAGAGGCUUUCCUUUGUUUAAAUGUGCAGCUAUGCAGCAUCUAGUGUGUGUGUAGACAUGAUUUUUAGCAGUCUGGCUUAGGUCGUUUGGUCACUAUUGGUUUUUGGGGGAUCUGUAGAUUUGCUGUCUCUAAGUGGACUGUCAGAUAAUUGAGAUGCAUGUUACGGCAAAAUGCAGAGAAUCCACGGAAAAUGUUUUCUUUCUCCAUCAAUGCCAGAUUGUUUGGCUGAGCUUUGGUAAUAUUUUUGUCCCAUGCCUAUUCGACUAGACCAGAGAUGUUGGCUGAUGAGUGAUUGACAGAUAGAGCAUGCUGACCUCCAAAAGCCUGCGUUCUCAUAAUAGAGCCCCAACCUCCACAAAAACACUCGUCACACUUCCAAAUAGUAACCGAAAAGGGCAGAUUGAUUGUUUCCACUUCUGAAUGUGCGGGGGUUGUAAAGUGAAAAGAUGUACGGCAAUGAAAAAGAAGCAACAGUAUUCAUUCAUGUUAAUGUCUAACUUGUUAUAUAUAUAUAUAUAUAGAUAGAUAGAUAGGUAGAUAGAUAGAUUAUUUUGUACAGAAUGUAUAUCAAGCAUGUGCAUACAUUGAUAUCAGUUUUACUACCAAUAUGAUACAACUUUGAUGUGAAUGUUUUAAGCUCGAAUUGUAGUUAUCUUUCUUUUUCUUAAUGCCAUCCCCAGACACUGAUAAAGAAGUGAUUACAGCUGACAUGAAAGUGGUGCUUUUUAGGCAGUUUAUCAAGCAUAGCCUUUAAUAAACUUACCUAUUUCAUAAGAUGAUAAUGAUAACAAUCUCUGGGAAUAUCCAGUUUGGGAUUUAUUUCUUCCUAUAUCCAGAGUUUUAGUUUGUACAGAUUAGAACUGCUUUAUAGAAUAAUCAUUCUUGGUUUUAGAUAUUGAGUUUAAAUAUGCUCAUUUAUUUGGGUAUAAUAUCUAGCAGCAGAAGAAAGAGACUGAUAUUGCAAAUAUGAGUUUGAUCCCUUACAGGCUACCUGAGUGUAGCUCCAGUACAGGUGAACAUGUUACAGCAAAAACUGAGAUAAAAUAUCCAGGGAACUCUUAUUACAAAUUAAAAGUCUUUUCUCAUCUUAAGCACUUGACAGACAUCUUUGGACAUGGUUCUGAGAAUCUUUACACAGCUUUCCAUUCAUCUCGGAUGUCGGAUGUGGGAGUUAUGUUACUCCUGAGUUGAGUGCAUUCCAGUAGUAAAGCUGGAAAAAACAAAACAUGAUUAGUUUUGCUUUUUAGGAAGAUCAAGCCAUUCAUGCAUCACAACCAAUACAGCGCAGUGCUUGUUUUUUGGGCUUAAAAGCACAGCUGUAACACAGAGCCUGGUCAGUGCUCUGCAUAUGGCUUAUUUAGCAGGUUACAAAUAUACAACAGUGGUAACAGAUUAAAGGUUUUAGAGUUUUACUCAUUUUUACAUUUACUGCCACCAUCUUGGAAUGUUAAGUUGGGAUUGGGGAGGGGGCUAAUCAGAGGGGCCGUGCUGACUGAAAACGCUUAAAUUCCGACUGAAGUUGAACUUCAGCUGGGACACACUGUGUGUCAUGUGCACCCCGUCAUCAUGGGUGUUGUUAGGGUCACAUGAGCCAAGGUUUGAAUCAAGGCAUGACUGAUUAGGGUCGAGGUGGGCCAAGGUGUGACUGACCCAUGUGGCCUUAAUAAAUCGCAUGAUGGGACGGUGGGUCAGCGACCUUCAGGACCACCUCCAAGGAGACGACCUUGAUGUGGGUUAAAUAUCUGGGACACACCAUCAGCUUUCAGAAUUUAUGAAUCCUCUUAGAAUAGGUGAAACAUCUUCAUGAACAUAAAAAGUCCAGUUGCCUUCAACUCAAGUGCUUAAAAUUACCAUGACCUGGAUGAAGCUUCAGACCUUCUGCUUCCCUUCCCACAUUCCUGAGUAGCCUAACCCAGCUUAUUUACCAUGUACAGUUCUGAUACAAUCAAGUAAAUGGUUUAUUUAACAAAGCAGAUGCAAAGACCUUUUAAGGUUGCUUAAUUCAUAUAAACCUCUAUAGAAAACAUGCACAACCUGUCAGUAACAUAGUAGAUUUCAUUUGUAAAUUCAUGUAACAUCUACAAGUUAAAAACCUGUGUGUGACAAAGCGGUCGCUAAAAGGUUCAUAACAUAAAUUACACUUACACUCAUGUUAUUUAGUGUUAUUACUCAUUAUAUCACUCAUUAUGUGCCAGAGUGAGAAGUUGUAAUUGGUAACAAAGUAAAUUAAACAUUUUAGAGCUACAUUAUAGUGCGUUUAUAAAUCAUUUGAGCCAUUUAUACACUGAUCACCCACAUUAAAACCUCCUGUCUAAUAUAUGGUGUAGGUCCUCCUGCUGCCAAAACAGGUUUGACUCUUUGGGGUAUUGGCACAGGACCUUUGGGAGGGGGGGCUCGUGCUGUCUGGCAUCGGCAGCUAAUCAUUUAAAUCCUGUGGGUUGCAGGUUGGAGCUGCCUUGUCACAACACAUUCCACAGGCCCGAUCAAUGUCCUGAGCUCUUUGUUGUGUUCGUCUGUGGGUUUUUGUGGUUGAGUUGCAGGGUGCAUUGUCCAGCUGGGGAAGGCUAUUGGCAGUGGGGGGUGGUGUGAAGGCCAGAGCCCAGUGUUUCCCAACAGAACAUUGAAUCAUAACAAGAUGAUCAGUAUUAUCUCCUUCAGCUGUUAGCAGUUUUUAAUGUUGUGGCUGAUUGGUGCACAUAUCAGUGCUAAAUAUGGAGGUUAAAAUGCAGCAUAAUCAAAUUAGAAUAUUUAGAAAUCUUCUCCAGGCAAAAAAAAAAAAGAAAAACUAGUGUCAUCACUUUUAAAAUGCAGCUGACUUGAUAUUAAUAAUUAAUACUGAAACUGUUUACAUUUGAAUACUUGCGUGGAAUAUCAACAUGUUUAUGUCAGGCAUAAAUCCAUAUUUCUGUCCAAAAUUAGGAAUAUGGGUGUGGAGCUGUAAUCACUUUAUUCAUCAGGAUUCAGAACGAAUCCUCUGAAAACGUUGAUGGGGGCCAUAUGUUUCAUCUCGUCUGUACGGCAGCUGUAAAACAAACAGUCCGAAGACCUAAAGAAGCUGCAAGCCUACCCCACAUUUCCCAGUGUUAAUGCUGAUGUGGAAAAUAUAUUAUUUAGAUUUAAUUAAAAAAAUAAAUUGUGAGUCAGUUUGACAUCCAUAGUAGCGCUUGUUUUUCUUCAGCUGCUACUGUUAAUCUGUAAUGCUUUCUGCUUCCCCCAGUUCAUGAAAAUGUUUACAUUGGAAAAUGUCUCCUGCUGGGGGUGCUUGAAUUUUCCUUUAUUGCUUCCUGAAUGUAAAUCCAUACUUUAGACUGGAGCCAUAACUAGAGUGCAGUCAAAAGCCUUUUUUUUUUUCAUCUUGAAGAUGUAAUCUUUUCCUGACCAUGUGAAAAUGAAAUGUAAUUUGCUGCACAUUUGCAAAUAUCAUGCUAUAACCCCUAUAUACAGUAAUGUACUCACUGUCAGAAUAAUGGAAUUUGUGCUCAGAGCAGCAAAGGCUGAGGAGAGGAUAUUUCACAUGAGCUCCAAUCACCUUUACUCUAUGUUUGACAUUAAUAAUUCAUCUUUGAAGUUGUACUACAUUAUAUAUCUCAAAACAGCUACUGUUGUUGUCCAGACCGUGUAUAGUGUUUUUGUAUAUAAA